CGCGCGACAACUCAUUGAAAAAUUUUGUACAUGCUCGGCUGACAUCAAAAGUUAUCGUGUAAACUUAACGAUUUGCGAUAGCAAAUAAUAGCAAGCUUCGUUCCAUUUCAGUGGUUUUUUAGAAGUUUUUUGAAGAGAACAAACGCCUUCAGUAUGUCGAAAAUAUCAUUGGAGAGUGCCAAAAAAGUCGCAGCUCACCGAGCUGUUGACGAAUAUGUCAAGGACAACAACGUGAUAGGAAUAGGUAGCGGCUCUACGAUUGUUUAUGCCGUCCAAAGGUUAGCUGAGCGUGUUAAAGAAGAGAAUCUCAAUGUUGUCUGUGUACCAACAUCAUUUCAAGCUCGUCAACUAAUAAUUAACAAUCAUUUAACAUUGGGGGAUCUUGAAACUCAUCCCAAGUUAGACUGUACCAUUGAUGGUGCUGAUGAAGUUGACUGUGAUCUCAAUCUUAUUAAAGGGGGUGGAGGUUGCUUGCUGCAAGAAAAAAUAAUAGCCUCUUGCACCAAAACUUUCAUUGUUAUUGCAGAUUAUACAAAAAAUUCACAAAGGCUUGGUGAACAGUACAAAAAAGGUCUUCCCAUUGAAGUUGUUCCUAUGGCUUAUGUUCCUAUUAUGAGGAAAAUUGAAGAUGAGUUUGGUGGUGAAGUUGAAUUAAGGAUGGCAAAGGCUAAAGCUGGUCCAGUAGUGACAGACAAUGGAAAUUUCAUUCUUGAUUGGCAUUUUCCUGAUAAAGAAACUGAUUGGCCAUCAAUCAAUCAAAGACUGUUGUUGAUUCCUGGUCUACUAGAAACAGGCCUUUUUGUGAAAAUGGCACAAAAAGUGUUUUUUGGUAUGCCUGAUGGAAGUGUUAAAGAACAAGUGUGAUAUGCAUAUCAAGUAAAGUGAAAAAAAAAAUGUUUUGAGGAAAAAAUUAAAAGGGAAAUCGAAAAUAUUUUUGU